AUGGAGAAGUAUCCUUAUGAGGAAUGUGGGGAGGUGAGGCUGCCUUCGUUGCCUUGUCUUGGGGUCAAGGAUUUGCCUUACCUCUCUAUGUUUAUGGAUGACAAGCAGACCAUUGUCAACCAUCUUUGUGGCCAGUUCUUGAAUCUUGACAAGGCAGAUUGGAUCUUCAUCAACACGUUCGACAUGCUCGAGAAAGAGAUUGGAUGGCCAGAAAAUGGCCAAUCAAGACCAUCAACCAUCCUCCUAAACCACAAAGACAACAACAACCUAAUCACCAUCAACCUUUUCGAACCGAAACAAGACGCCUGCACACAAUGGCUCGACUCCAAAGAGACCGCCUCCGUCAUCUACGUUUCCUUCGGAAGCAUCGCAUCCCUUGGAAAACCUCAGAUGGAAGAACUUGCACACGGCCUCGUCGCCAACAACCGUCACUUCCUAUGGGUCGUCAGAGCCUCCGAGGCCGACAAGCUCCCCCGGGAUUUCAAUCCCAGGGAGAAGGGCCUCGUGGUGGCUUGGUGUAACCAGCCAGCGGUGCUAGCCCACCGUGCGGUGGCGUGCUUCGUGAGCCACUGCGGGUGGAACUCGACUCUGGAGGCAGUCGGGCAUGGGGUGCCCGUCGUGGCCGUGCCGCAAUGGAUGGACCAGACCACGGAUGCUAAGUUUGUGGAGGAUGUGUGGGGGAUUGGGGUUGUGAUGAAAGGUUGUGAAAGAGAGGAGAUUGCUGAGUGUAUUGAAGGAGUUGUGGGAGGAGAGAGAGGGGUUGAGAUGAGAAGGAAGGCUUGUGAGUUUAGGAAAUUGGCUAAGGAUGCUGUGGAAUGUGGUGGGACUUCUAUCAAUAAUAUUCGGCAUUUUGUUGAGGAACUUCUGUGUAGGUAG